AUGCAGAUCUUCAACCUUGCCCUUCUUGCUCUCGUCGGCACGACGCUUGGGAGAGUCGCGGCCCCGGAUCACGCCGAAGCCGUUUCCAAGGAAGUACGAGCCACGACCGAAACCGUUGCUCGCUCCGAUACGAACAUCGUCGAGCGUCGGAUCGGAGCUGAUGUCAAUCUCCCUCGCGACGGACCAUUUGGCGAUAAGGCAAUAAUAUUUUAUCGGUUCCCAAUCGAAGACGGAGACACGCUGGAACUGGCGAGCGGCACCAAACUUAUUGCGGCGGGUCAUUACCUCCACAAAGAUAAAUUCCCAGAUCAUGAUAAUGUUGGUGUCCGCCAGGCACUGGACAAGAUGGGCGAAGAGGCGCCCACUCUCAAGCAAAAGACUCCGAAUGAUCAAGUCCCGACUCUCAGGCGUGAGACUUCGGGUCAUCAUGCUGUAACUCUCACUAUCACGCUACAAAUGGGCGGUAAAAGACCCGAUAUAUCUGCGCAUGGGUGGACAAUCAUCUUUAACGCUUUGUACUCAACAAUGCGCAGUGCCAAUGAUAAUGAUGGCAGCGACCUCAUCUCGUUUGAUUUUAAAUGGUCGUUCAAUGGACACAAAUGGUUUCCAUUCUCUGUUCUCAGAAUGUCAAAGGCCGAGGCGACAGCUGCUCUGGUCACUAGAGUCGCGGCCCCGGACCACGCCCCAGCCGUUGAGGUACGAGGAACGACGGAACCCAUUGCUGGCUCCGAUACGAAGAUCGUCGAGCGCCAAACCGGUGAUGUCGAUCUCUCGGCGGGCCAUUUGACGAAAAGGGGGGGAAUAUACUCUGGACUUCCUUUCGGCAAUGGGGACACGCUGGAAUUCAAGGCCGACCAAGAACUGAAAACCAGCAUCAAACUCACAUUAGAUUAUCUGUGGGCCAGCGGAGGUAUGUUCCCAGUUCACGAUACAGCCGAGGACCGCACACUGCGCAGCUUGAGCGAAGAUGCGGCGGCCGCUUCGCUCCAUACCGGUUCCACGAACACAUUCAAAUCUACAAAAAGGACUUCGGGUGUAUCUAUCACUGUCCAGGUACCCGGUCCCAGUGAAAUACCCGAAAUUGGCAGCUACCAAGUUCUGUGCGAUUUCAAAUGGUACGAAGGAUUCACGUUGUCCUGGUCCCGGUUAUCCAAAGUGUCCAAGAAAUUUAGGGUUGUACUUCAAGUUGAUAAAGUUUAUCCUGCGCUGGCCAAUAGAGCUGAUGUCGACCUCGCGGCGAACUCUCUAGCGAGAAGGGGAGACAUCAAUUAUUUCGAGCCACUCAAGGACGGGGACACACUGGAUUCGGACAGCCGCUACAAACUCGAAGCGAGUGGCUUGUGGACCACCCAGAAAUUCCAUGAUUAUGACAGAGGAAUUGAUGAUAUACUCAUGACACUGAAUGAAAUGGCCUACAAUGCCGCUAAAGUGGCAGCUGGUGCUUUCACUCUCGAGGAAACGAAGUCGGAUGCAAUUUUCACUCUCACGGUAAAGCACGGUGAAAGACCCGAGUUGUCUGGGGAUGACUGGUCAGCCAUCUUCGGCGCCUUGUACGAAACAAGGCGCCACGCAUCUGAUAUCAGCUUCGUUGAUU